AUGGACUUUACGGGGCAGUACGCCUUUGCCUCGACGCAGCCCUACCCGUCGUUUGCGCCCAUCCCGCCGCUCACGCCUGGGCAGUCGGGGCCCUCGGAGGAUUACAGUCACACCUCACCUGAUCCCUUUGAAAGCAUCCCUGCUGCAGAGCCGUUCCAUGCUUUCGACAUCCCAAACGGCUUCGGCGGCAAUGCCCACCACGGCUUCGCCGGGCCGCCGACCCCGCCGAACCAGCAUGGCGUCAACCCGGGCUAUCCCCAGCAUCAACACCAGCCUCUAGCCCAUCAGCGCCAGCCCGCCCUAUCGAGAAGCGACAGUUCGAAUGGCACCAUGCCCGGCCCCAAGAGCGACAUCGGCGCUGACGACUCCGGCGGGGCGCGCGGUGGCAGCGAGGACGACGAUAACCUGACCCCCGCCCAGUCCAGGAGAAAGGCCCAAAACCGAGCUGCCCAGCGAGCCUUCCGCGAGAGAAAGGAAAAGCACGUCAAGGACCUCGAGGCCAAGCUGGCCAACCUCGAGGCGGCCCAGCAGGAGGCAUCGGUCGAAAAUGAGCGCCUCAAGCGCGACCUGCAGAAGAUGUCCACCGAGAAUGAGAUUUUGCGCGCCACCUCAUCCAUGGGCCACGGCCACCAGAGCUCGCACUCGCCGGAGCCCAUCACCACGGCCCCGAUGAGGUACAGCCCCACCGACUUCUACUCCAACGUCCUCCAAAACCACCCGAACAAGCAGCCCUCGCACCGCAUCACCACGUCGGACCAGGGCGAGCGGCUGCUCGCCGCCGGCGCGACGUGGGACUACAUCAUCGCCCACGACCUCUUCAAGCGCGGCCUCGUCGACGUGGGCGGCGUCAGCGAGCUCCUCAAGGACUGCGCCCGCUGCGACGGCCAGGGCCCCGUCUUUGCCGAGUCGGACAUUCUCCGCGCCAUUGAGCAGAGCGUCGCGAGCGGGUCCGACGACUUGUUAUAG